UUAGAAGAACACUUAUAAGCCUAUAUAUACUGUACUUAGGCUGAAGCAGUCCUUCCAUCCUUGAAGAAGAAGAAGAGUCAGUUGUAAUAGUACUAGUAAAUGGAGGAAAAGCUGACAAGCUAUAGUAAUGGAGUGGAAGGGGCCAUGCCGGCGGUGGCCAUGGUGGUGGUGCAGGUGGCGCUGGCCGGAAUGAACGUCCUCUAUAAGCUGGCGGUAGACCGAGGGAUGAGUGUCCUCGUGCUCAUCACUUAUCGCUAUAUUUUUGGCUCUGCCUUUAUUUGCCCUAUUGCCUUCUUCUUAGAGAGGAAGGGCAGGACGAAGUUGACUUGGAUUGUACUUGGCCAGGCCUUCUGCAGUGGACUUUUUGGGGCAACACUGAAUCAAAUUUUCUACAUAAUCUCAAUGAAAAUGACUUCAGCGACGUUCGUUUGUGCAAUGGCCAACCUGCUACCUGCCUUCACCUUCAUGCUCGCAGUCACGUUUCGAAUGGAGAGGCUGAGAAUGAAGACACGAAUAGGGCAGGCCAAGGUCCUGGGGACGCUCAUAGGCAUCGGCGGGGCCAUGCUGCUUACCUUCUACAAGGGCGCCAAGUUCCAGCUAUGGCCGGUUCACAGCCAGUUGCUUCACCGUCAGGCCGACCAGCAGCACAAGUCAGGCAACCAGCAGGCACUGGGCGCAAUUUUUGCUAUUGCCUAUGCUUUGACCUAUGCAAUAUGGCUGAUAAUCCAGGCCAAGAUGAACGAGAGGUAUCCACAUCCUUACUCCAGCACAGCCCUCAUGUGCCUGUUUUCAGCCGCUCAGUCCACAUGCAUUGCAGGCGUUGUCGAUAGGACUCUAUCUGCAUGGAAGCUCAGCUGGGACGUCAAGCUCUUGACUACCAUUUACGGGGCCGUGUUUGUCUCAGCGAUGGUGUUGUCUCUCAUGUCAUGGGCCGUAAAGAAAAGAGGGCCAGUGUUCGUCUCUGUGUUCAGUCCUCUCUCACUUGUUAUCACUGCCAUCUUGGGAUCCAUAUUUCUUGAUGAGACUCUCCACUUAGGAAGUGUGCUUGCUGCUGGAUUUAUCAUCUUGGGACUGUACAUCGUGUUGUGGGGGAAAGGAAAAGAGAUGGAGCAACUUAUUGCUGAGCUUCCUACUCAAUUGUCAUCUGGAGAUCCCGCUAAAGCUUCUUUUGGAGGCAUGCUUCUGGAGUCUCCGGCUUCACAUGAUGAAGGAGAGACGAAGUACAAAAGAAAAAAGGAAAAUUCAGUUGGUGUUCAAGAAAAUAUUAAUCCCCUGAUUAAGCUGGUCAGAGAACAGGGCAUCGUUGAAGAAAUCAAUUUCAAUGAUGAUCAUCCAAUCACGAUUGACGAACCUGAAAAGCCGAAGAGCCAAUUCAAGAAGAGAGGGAGAGAGAGUUAUCAAAUAUAUAUUAUGGAGGAGGGAUCAAAUAGUAGGAGAAGAGUGGGAGGGACGAAGGUGGUGUUGUGCAUGGUGGUGGUGCAGGUGGUGGUAGCAGGGAUGACGGUCCUCUACAAGAUCUCCACAGACCGAGGGAUGAGCCUCCGAGUCCUCGUUGCUUACCGCUACAUUUUCGGGACCGCCCUCCUCUGCCCUCUUGCCUUUUUCUUGGAGAGGAAGAGCAGGACGACGAUGAGCUGGGUUGCUCUUGGCCAGGCUUUCUGCUGUUCCCUUUUUGGUUCAACACUGAACCAGAAUCUGUACAUCGCCUCAGUCAAGAUGGGUUCGGCGACGCUUGCAGUCUCAAUUUCCAAUUUGCUCCCUGUCUUCACCUUCAUUUUGGCCGUCCUAGUCCGGGAUAGGUGGAGCUGUGCUACUCACCUUCUGCAAGGGCGCAAGACUCCAGCUCUGGUCCAUUCAUGCCCACCUGCUGCGCCGACAUGCAAGGUCAGCGGAGCUGGGCAACCUAGCGCUGGGCUCGCUCUUGGCUACAGCCAGGCCAUAUGGUUCAUUAUACAGGCGAAGAUGAGCGAGAGGUACCCCCACCCGUAUACGAGCACUGCGUUAGUCAAUCUGAUUGCAGCCGUCCAGUGCACAUGCAUUGCAGCCAUUACUGAGGGAGAUGCAUCUGCAUGGAAGCUCCGUUGGGAUGUUAAUCUCUUCACUGCCCUCUACGUGGGGGUUGUGAUAUCAGGGAUGGUGAUGUUACUCACGCUGUGGGGCAUCCAAAAGAGAGGACCUUUGUUUGUCUCUGUUUUUAACCCCUUGUCUCUCAUCAUCGUCGCCGUGUUUGGAUCCGUAAUGCUUGAGGAGCCUCUUUAUUUGGGAAGUGUGCUUGGUGCCGGAUUCAUCAUCUUGGGGUUGUACACUGUGCUGUGGGGCAAAGGGAAAGAGGUGAAGGAACUUGUCCAGCUUCAGGCACACAGGUCUGCUGGAGAAGCAACUAUCCUGCAUUCGGUUGUGUGAAGCUUCACUAAAUUUAGAACGGAGAACUUUCUUCUGACAUUGUUCAUUUUCACUUCCUCUUCUAUUUUCACUUCCUCUGUCGUUUCAUUUCUUUCUUUGUUUUAUCCGUUUUUCUAAAGGGUUUUUCUAAAGGUACCUUGCUAUUUUUUACAGUAUCAUAAAUGACAUUAUCUUGUUAUAGGUGUACAAUUAAUUUUCCAUCAACUUUCAUGUUACCAUUUACUUUCACGUUU